GUUCGAGGAUUAAACACCGUAUUUAAGGUGUGUAAUACACGUACCUGUGUAGUAUUAUUACACAGUUUGGGGACUAAACACCGUAUUAAGGAUGGAACUACAAGAUGAGGUAGCAACAAACGAAACAAAAGCACGUAAAGCACGUGUAUUAGAAUAUGACGUAUCUGAUUGGCCACCGCUGCCGAUAUCUCUGGCUGUUGCAUUUCAGCAUUUGAUUGUCUGUAUCGGGGCUGUCGUUACCAUGACGUACAUGAUUUCCGAUGUUGUCUGCAUAUCGCCUAAUGAUCCCAUUCGUUCGAAAAUCUUCUGUUCAUCGUUAUUUAUGGUCGGCAUAGCAACAAUGACUCAAACUUUGAUAGGGAUAAGGCUUCCAGUCUUCCAAGGACCAUCUUUUACAUUUCUUCCUCCACUCCUAGCGAUGAAAACCAGUGGAGCGUGGGUAUGCCCACCACACAAUGCAGAAUUGGCUCAAAAUAUAACGUCGAACAUUUCUACAGAUCUAAUCCACUACGUAGACGAGGAAACGAAAUACACCAGGCUCAAUGAAUUACAGGGAAGUUUGCUUUUGGCUUCAAGCGUAGAGGUCCUGUUAGGAGCAACAGGCGCUGUCGGAAUACUUCAAAGAGUAAUUGGACCAAUCACAAUCUCCAUUACAGUCUUCCUCUUGGGUUACUCCCUAUAUCCCGUGUCCAUAUAUUACAGCAACAGCUAUUGGCCAAUUGCAAUUAUGAGUGCCAUCCUUGUGAUGGUGUUUGGUAUUUAUCUGGCGCACAUCAAAGUCACACUACCCAGAUGUUUCAGGCGAUCUAAGAAAAAGAGGGACACGGCGACCAAUGGCUAUUCCAUAUUCAAUGUGUUUGCGAUACCAAUCAGUAUCCUACUGACCUGGACUAUGUGCUUUGUGUUAACACGCCUUGAAGUUUUCCCAGUAGAUCCAACGGAAGCAGCGUAUCGGGCGAGGACAGACACAAGGACCGGCCUUAUAAGGUCGACACCCUGGUUUUAUUGGCCAUACCCCGGCCAGUUUGGAGCACCAAAAUUCAACAUAGGACUUUUUAUUGCAUUCAUUUCGGUGAGCAUCGCUUCCGCCAUGGAAUCCAUAGGGGAUUAUUUAGCUACUGGCAAAACGUGUGACGCACUUCCUGUUCCGGCACACGCAGUAAAUCGUGGAAUUUUGAUUGAAGGAUUAAUGAGUGUACUUUCGGCAAUCUUCGGUACAGGUCAUGCCACCACGUCAUAUACGAUAGGAGCUUCCAUUGCGGCUCUUACAAAGGUAGGCAGUCGAUAUGCAGUAUUUUUAUCCGGGGUCAUAGCAAUCAUUCUCGCAGUGUUUGUUAAGUUCGGAGCAGUUAUGUCAUCGAUGCCUGAUCCAAUCAUUGGCGGGAUAUCUUUAGUUUCCACGGGAAUCGUGAUGGGAUUAGGAAUAUCUUCUCUACAGACCGUAGACAUGGCAUCCUCUCGGAAUAUCUCGGUGGUCGGCAUGUCGAUUUUCGUACCUAUAAUUUGUUCCGAAACGCUUCACAGAUAUCCUGACAUGAUAAAUACGGGCUACUCUGAGGUCGACAAGGUGAUAGAAAUCGUAAUCGGGUUCCCUAUGAUUUUAGGGACGUUUAUUGCUCUUACGAUGGACAAUACAGUCAAAGGUACGCGGCAUUCUAGAGGUCUGUUAAUAGUGACGAGAGACGUCGCCAUCGAUGUAGAUGAAAACGAGGUCAACUCCUCAUGUACCGGAAAUGACGUAACAAGAAACCAUUUGUAUGAUAUACCAUAUUUGGACAUCUUUUGUAAACGCAGAUGCAAUGCAUUUCGACGCCUUCCAUUUAUUCAGAACUGAGUUCCCUUUGAUAAAUAGCAAUAGUAAGUAACAGAGUAUACAAGGCUGUUGAUUGACACCUAGCUACAUUAUCUACGAUCUACACAGAUUGAGUGAAGCAAGGCGAGUAUGGUGGUCAUGAGUUCCAAUACUGGCGAUCAUGAGAGAACAUCAUUAUAUAUUGCUAUUAAAACAUACACAAAAUAGUACCCCAACAUAAUAUUAUUAUUAUAUCGUAUUAUCACCAAGGAAAGAAAACCGACAGAAAGAUGCAUAUUGAAUAAAAUGUUAUAUGAUUUCUUGUUAUUUUGUUAUAGAUGUAGCAGAUUUGAAAUUUCUAAAAUAACAAUUAUAACAAAGCACUCAAAAU